AUGAUCGAGGUUCUGUAUAGUGGCACGCCCUCGAUGGAGGGGUCAAGAUCGCCUUUCACAAGGGAGGAGCACAGAACGAAUCAAACCAGUCUUCCCAAGGGUGGUAAGCGCGCGCCGCGCCGGUCCCAAACCCAGCACGAGUACUUCCCCCCACAGUCUCCCGGCUUUACGCUCUAUACUAUUCCACAACCACCUCCCAUUCCUGAAAGCAAACCCCAGACGCCAUCGGAACCCUCGCAGGAGCCAGCCCAGAAAGCGGUGGAACAGACGCGACCGCCGGCGAGGCGACCGCCACUCGGCCCUCCGCGGCGGUCCUACUCGGUCACCGACCAGCAGCCCAUUCCACGCCGCCACAAGCCGACGGUCAGGCUUGCACUCACAGACUUACCGCCCGAACUCCAUUUUGUCAUGUUCGAAUUCCUCGACCCCAUCGACAGCACCUGCUUCGGCCUGACCAACAAGCACUUCUACGCCAUCCACCGCCGGCUCCACGGUACCGUUUCCCUCACCGCCCGCCGGAACGGGCCGAACGAGCUUGAGUGGGCGUGGCAUCUCGCAGGAAAUGUUGUUUCCCCGAGCUCAUUCGUGGCUGUCGGUAGCAAGGACGCGCUAUCCAAGCUGCGGGUGCGCGGGCAAGGGUACUGCCGCAUGUGCGGCGUUACGAAAUGCCAGCUUCAUAAACACAUUCAAGAGUGGAUGGGCGAGGGCCGCGAGUACUGCUCGGUUACGCAAAAGUAUGGGCCCGUGGCGCCCGAGGGUUCCAAGUCGUAUUGCUAUAUGAGCAAGCCGGGUGACAAGCGCAGGCACCUCAGUGCGUUGUGGUGCUCCAAGGUUGAUGACGCAGCACCUGCUCUCUGGGUCACCUUCUGA